AUGGGAGACGGAAUCACCAGAUCCAAAGAUGGGGUGCCACAAUGGGACGGCGACUCACGGUCGUUCCAGGAGUAUGAGGAGAUGUCAUUACAGUGGGAACAGGGCAUUCCUACACACAAGCGAUACCUAUGUGGACCUCGCUUGAUGCAGGACAAAGGGCUGCAUCCUCAAGGACAAGAUGAUGACUUUCACGACGCCUCCGAGGGUGGUUUUGAUCCAUGGAAACUCUGGUCAGAGUCAUGGUACACGGCCACACCAUACCAGGAAGAUGAGCAAUGGACACAAUCCACCACAGAGCUGCUUCCAGAUUAUCUCCAAGGCUGGUAUCUCCUGCAUGAUGCAGGACUUGACAGCCAUGAAAAGAAUAUGAUCCAGACGGCAGUGGGCAAUACUUUUAGCACUACGCGCAUUUCUCAAGAACUCCGAGCACAGUGGCCGAAAGACGAAUUGAUGAAGCGAGAUCAAGCCCACAAGCACUCCAGCUUCUGGAACCAAGAUGACAUCUCUGAGGGUGAAUCUUCAAUGCAAGAGCCGCAAACCACAGCCGAAGAGACGGGCAUGGCGGCACUCCAACAAGCUCGCCGAUCCCUGAAAGAAGCAAGGGCCAAGCAACAUCAAGUGAAGAUGAGCCGACAGUACUACAAGAUCACCACCUCCGACAAGUCUCGUCCAGCAGGUGACUCAGCAGGAAAAGGGUGCAUGAAAUGCUUUCGACGCGGCGGUCCUCACAAGAUCGCCAACUGCCCUGACCGGGCGGAACCAUCUCGACAUGAACAAGGACAUGUAGCACAAGAAGAGGCACCCUUCGUCUGCUACGCCGAAGCAGCCACAGAAGCGGUGACCCUCUUUGCAGACGACGCCUACCUGGCAGAGACAGGGGCUACCAAGAGCCGAAAAAGUACGGAACAAGCCAUUGCUGAAGGCUAUGGCAUCGUCGACGGAGGAGCCACGAAAACGCUGGGCUCAGUCUAUGCCAUGGAAGCCUUAGUCAACGCCAACCUGCGAAAGCACCAAGAUGGAGGAGUCUUGGAGGUGGAUGUCAACAACCAGCCAGUAUUGGGACUUAGCAAUAGCAGCCGCAACAAGUGUUUGAGCACCGCCAAGAUUUGCGCAGGAGGAAAGGAAGGGCCAGACACAUGUUCAGGCACCGGGGCCAUCCGGGCCUUGGGGGAGGAACCCCCAACCAAAUGGACGAACUCGGAGCUCCGGGUCCGUCUUCAAGAACUCGAGGAGGAGAAGGGCAUCGUCAGAGCCCAUGGGAAAAAGGAGAAGAACGAGGAACUCCUGCCAGAGAUUCAAUAUGUGAAGAAGAAGGGCAUGACCUCCACCAGCGACAAGGGCAUCAGCAAGGUCACAUCGGGCUACCCUUCGAAGCCCAAGGAGGAUGUCGAGGCACUCAAAGAGGAGCGCCCACACAAGAAGAAAGAGAAGUCCGAGGACGACUUCACCAUGGUGUCGGAGAUGGUGUCGGAGGCCACCGAAGCCUAG